CACCGGGCCCCCGGGCGGAGCAGCAGGCACCGGGCCCCCGGGCGGGGCAGCAGGCUCCGGGCCCCCGGGCGGGGCGACAGGCACCGGGCCCCCGGGCGGGGCGACAGGCACCGGGCCCCCGGGCGGAGCAGCAGGCACCGGGCCCCCGUGCGGAGCAGCAGGCACCGGGCCCCCGGGCGGGGUGACAGGCACCGGGCCCCCAGGCGGGGCGACAGGCACCGGGCCCCCAGGCGGGGCGACAGGCACCGGGCCCCCAGGCGGGGCGACAGGCACCGGGCCCCCAGGCGGGGCGACAGGUCUCGGGCCCUCAGGCGGAGCGACAGGCGCCGGACCCCCAGGCGGAGCGACAGGUCUCGGGCCCUCAGGCGGAGCGGCGGGCGCCGGACCCCCAGGAGGAGCGACAGGUCUCGGGCCCUCAGGCGGAGCGGCGGGCGCCGGACCCCCAGAUGGAGCGACAGGUCUCGGGCCCUCAGGCGGACGGCGGGCGCCGGACCCCCAGGCGGAGCGGCAGGCGCCGGACCCCCAGGCGGAGCGACAGGUCUCGGGCCCUCAGGCGGAGCGGCGGGCGCCGGACCCCCAGGAGGAGCGACAGGUCUC